AGUUGCUCUGUCCAACGCAUUGGAGGUAUUUUAAAACAAAAUGCUAUUUUGUUUCAACGGUGAAAAAGAACUGGACAGAAAGCCGAAGAGCCUGCAUUUCCGAGGGGGCGGAUCUGGUUAUCAUAAACAAUCAUGAAGAACAGAGCUUUGUUCAUGGGAUGCUGCAUAAAGAUCAAAAUGCCUGGAUUGGUCUCACCGACAGUCUCACAGAGGGAGUUUGGAUGUGGGUGGAUAAGACCCCUGUCACAAAAUCGUACUGGCUGCCUGGGCAGCCCAACAACUACAGAGGACAGGACUGUGGAGAGAUGGUGCAGACAGAUUCAGGGGGGAAAUGGAACGAUGAUGGUUGUUUUUCUCAACAGCUAUGGAUCUGUGAGAAAUAAAACCAUGAGGUUAACCAGAUCUUACAAACUUGUAUAAUCAUGUUUUAAUUAUGAGAAUGUUUCA